CUGUCAAAGCCCACAUUUAAACUGCUGCCUGCCUGUGCAGCAGCUGAAGAACUACGGAAUGGAUUUUAUAGACCAGAAUCCUUGGUUAAAACAGCUCAAACCCAUUUCUAUUACUGCCUAGCAACAAUGAAGAAAGGAAUAGAGGGAAAUCCUAUUACUGAAGGCAACUGAACCACUACGCGCUAGCACUCCCUGCUAACAUUACCAUUAGAAAUAUGGAUACUGAGGAGAAGAGAACACAGCACUGCAUUGUCCGACAAGGGAAACACCAGAUGUAAAAGCUCCAAUACAUCGGCUGUGAACGCCAGACAGCCCCGAUCAGAACAGAAAUGAAAACUACUGUCCUUUUGUUUGAAGGAUGAACAAAAAGCCCCAAGACAAGGACAACACUUAUGAGUGAGGAAGGUAACACAGCAACGAGAAGACAGAUGGACAGAUUGGAUACUGUGAAAAGCAAUCGCAGGAAGCAGACUGUUGGGGGAUGUGCGCAUGUUCGAUAGCAUCUUUUUUGCUGAAGUGAUGGCGUGCCAAAACUAUUUUCUGUGGGUAUAAUCCUCGCACCAUAAAUGGCCUGAUCAAGGAAGUGUGAGCCAUUUGCAGAGAAUUACUCAACAUGCUCAAAAUGAAUACCAAAGAAUAGCAGUGGAUUCAAAAACGAUCAGAAGAGCAUUUUGCUUGGCCAUUGUCUCAUAUCCCAUCAUAGGAUUCUUACAACAUGCUUCAGUGGAGAAGACGACACUGCUGCUUUGCAAAGAUGACCUGGAAUACCAAAAGGUCUCUGUUUCGCACCCAUCUCAUUGGCCUGGUCUCUCUUGUAUUUCUUUUUGCUAUGUUUCUGUUCUUUAAUCAUCAUGACUGGCUGCCAGGCAGGGCUGGAUUCAAAGAAAAUCCCAUGGCUUACACUAUACGAGGAUUUAGAUCUACAAAAAGCGAGACAAACCACAGCUCUCUAAGAAACGUGUGGAAAGACGCCGUACCUCAGACACUCAGGCCUCAAACAGUCACCAACUCCAACAACACGGAUUUAUCACCACAAGGAGUAACUGGUCUGGAAAACACCCUCAGUGCCAAUGGAAGUAUUUACAACAAGAAAGGUACUGGGCACCCAGCUUCGUAUCAUUUCAAAUAUAUCAUCAAUGAGCCCGAGAAGUGCCAGGAGAAGACUCCUUUUCUAAUACUGCUCAUAGCUGCAGAGCCAGGCCAGGUGGAAGCUAGACAAGCUAUUCGACAAACUUGGGGUAACGAAAGCCUGACACCUGGCAUCCAAAUUAUUCGUAUUUUUUUGCUGGGGUUAAGCAUCAAGAUAAAUGGGUACCUCCAGCGUACCAUACUAGAGGAAAGCAGACAGUACCAUGACAUCAUUCAACAAGAAUACCUAGAUACCUACUAUAAUUUAACCAUUAAAACACUGAUGGGAAUGAACUGGGUUGCAUCUUACUGUCCACAUGUUCCAUAUGUUAUGAAAACUGACAGUGAUAUGUUUGUCAAUACUGAAUAUUUAAUACAUAAGCUCCUGAAACCAGAACUUCCUCCAAGGCACAAGUAUUUUACAGGUUAUUUAAUGAGAGGUUAUGCACCUAAUAGGAACAAGGAUAGUAAGUGGUAUAUGCCACCUGAUUUGUAUCCAAGUGAACGUUAUCCUGUAUUCUGCUCUGGAACUGGUUAUGUUUUUUCUGGAGAUUUAGCGGAAAAAAUCUUUAAAGUCUCCUUGAGCAUCAGACGUUUACAUUUAGAGGAUGUGUAUGUGGGGAUCUGUCUUGCCAAGCUGCGAAUUGACCCUAUGCCUCCACCCAACGAGUUUGUCUUCAAUCACUGGCGAGUUUCUUACUCCAGCUGUAAAUAUAGCCACCUAAUUACCUCCCAUCAGUUCCAGCCUAGUGAACUGAUCAAAUACUGGAACCACUUACAACAAAAUAAGCACAAUGCCUGUGCCAAUGCAGCGAAAGAAAAGGCAGGCAGGUAUCGCCAUCGUAAACUGCACUAGGACAACACUCCCUCUGUCAAAUGUACUCCAUGUGCAAUUUGUAAAUACCGCUGAACGCAUGAACAGUGAAAAUGGAUGAGCUUAAUGGGACAGCCUUUAGUUGAUCCCCAUCACAUAGUGGAGUCUGAAAAUUAUUUUUUUAAGUUAAAAAAAAGUAUAGCUCUUGAUAACACUAAUAUUAUGAAACUAUAACCAAAAGGUUCUCCCAGCAAAUUUGAGGAAAACAAGCAGAUGGCAUAUAUGGAUUUUUGUGUUAAUGUGCAAUAAUAAGCAUGCACACUUUGGUGGUACAAUUGCUGAUUUAUGUGCCAAUAAAAUAUAAUUGAGCAUAUUUUCCACACUAAAACUUUAUUUUAAAAUAUGCAUUCAUAGCUCUAGUUCUCUUCAAUGUAAUGAUUUUUUGUUAUCUAGGAUUUCUGUAAAACAAGAAAUUAAGAACUAAGGAAGUGCACAAAGGGCAGAUCAGUUUCACCUUUAAAUACCACACUAAAAUUGUUAUAUGCUUCUUUAAUGUACAAUACAUUUAGCAAUGUCACAUUUACAAUUUAGUAAGACACUACCAAUGAACUCUAAAACACUAAAGAAAGUACUCUCUUAAAGCAGGUCCAGUUUAGGGAAGGUUGCUUAUUUUGGUUACAAAGGAGGGAUAAACGAAAUCAAAGUUCAGAAGACUGAUGCUUUGUACAUCACCUUCAGAAACGCAAGUGAUGUUCUAGAUUCAACCAGAUUCUCCUCAAAGAGCUGACUAAAAGUUACUUAAUUCCCUAGAAGUCAUAAGGUGAGAGAUCCUCAAAUCUGGUGCCAAGUAACAUGCCUCUUGGCAUCUUCAUGCAAAUUCAUUCAAUCUGCUCUGAAUUUCCUUACAUCAUGGUAACUCAAAGCCUGAUCAGAAAUGCAAAACAGAACUUCAAGUCUUUAAUCGUAGUCUGGAACACGUUCCAUUUUGUGGAAAGAGGGAGAAAAACAACCACAUCUUUGUUGAUUUUGCUCUUUCCUACCUGCCAAAAAAAGAAGGAUCAGCCAAGUGAAAAUAGGUCUGCUAGAGAAAAUUAAGCCACAUACCUUAUAUUGUAGGUGGGGAAGACUAGGUCAUACUAAGAUUGAGAGUUCCAGUUAGCAAUAUGGGCAAGAACAAAAUCUGAACAAUUUUAAAAAUUAAAGCCACAACAUGUACCACUGAAAAUCAAUUGUGAGAAGUAGGUUAAAUCUAUUCACAGGCUUCCAGUUUUCUAACUAAUAGAACUUUUAAAGCUUAUUUUCCAACACAGUUACAGCAGAGUUGUAUCAGAUUCAGGUUAUUACUGUUUGUCACAGUGCCAGGGUAAGCAAUACCCACCUCUGAUUUCACAGCAAAUGAUGGAACUGUGAUUAGAUUUCCAUUUGACUGGGACUUUUUAAUUGGAUAAAAUACAAAUAUUUGAUGUACUUUUAUUAUUUAAUAAAAUUGAUAUUUAUGGUCUUCAGACUUCACUUUUUAUGGGAAAGCUGCUCAGGAAAAAAUUGAUUUCUAGCUUUAGCACUACUUGACUUUCCUAGUGUUCCCUAGUUCUUAAAGCCUAGUUUUCAUACCAUGCACAAUACAGAGAUCACAGCAGGUUUUUUUCCUUUGUAAUGAAAUCAUAUUACCGAGUACUCUCAGCAGCCAUAAGGCUGUCUGUAUGCAAGAACUUACACACGAGCAGACAAUAUUGCAUGGGACUAGUCCUCUGAAGGCAUUCUAGGAGUUCCUAUUGAAGAUGUGUAUGUGAAUUUGCUCGUCACAACUUUUCUGUGAUCCUCCACUAAAUUUUGUGAUCUGCUGUAAUUGAGGUAUGAUAAUUAUACAUUUGUGCAUUUCUGAGAUACCUCAAAUAGUAGAAAUGUCCAUGUCUGGGGAAAGCAAACGUGUAAAAAUAGUAACUCUCUGCAGAAGAGAUUUCUCCAACUAGAUUGAAAGUGCAUUCCUUUAGUUCAUGUGAAGACUAUUGGCAUUCACGCGACACAGAGAUGCAAGCUGCAUUAGAAAUCUUCUUUGGAACUGUUCUUUCAACACCCAUUUGUAGUUUUCUUCAUGCUCAGCCUACCUGCCUCCCUUCCAGCUAACCCAGGCCACAGUAAUAUCCCAGCUGAACGCUACCUGGGGCUUAAGUUAACUAUAUACAAGCUUUACACAAUAGUGUAAGUUUUAGACAACCGGUGUCAGUGUUGGAAGCCAGCUACUACUCAAGGGUAUUCGGUUCUGGAAGAUGUACAGUCCUGUUAGUGGCCUCUCCCUGAGUAAUGCUGGCCAAGAACACAAUCCAUCCUCUUGGAAGGGACUUCAACACUGCUCCCUGCCUUCAGUACUUUCAAGCUGGACUGUAGUGUAUUCUACUUAGAUUUUACCAACUCUGGAUAGUUCAAAAUGCUGCUACUGGCUUCUGGGUAUAGUCCAAGAGGUUAAUAACUAAACCUUAAAUAGUCUGGCACUUGAAUCAUAAAGUUUGGCAGCCAAACCACCUCUUGGGUACUCCACUUGGGAGCUCAUGCAUGAUGCAGGUCUGCCCGAACUUGGCAGAAUUACAGUUCAAUGCCUACGAGUUCAGUAUAUCAAACUUCUUCCUAGUUAAAACACUAGUGAGGAGUAUGUAAAAUAAAAGCCAUUUUUUAAUGACCUUUUGAGGAUCCAACAUAAUUUUAAAAAAUUUGUAUUAAUGUUUGGGUGUGAAUUGAAGCUAUUCUAUAAAUAUAUUUGAAUCAUUACCAAGACAGCCAAAGGCUACUUACAUCACUUGUAUCCAAGUACUGUUUUCUUCCAGUUUGUUACAAAGCUUUCAGAAGCAGGAGGAACAGCUUGUAUGAUGAAAUAUGCAAUUACAGAAUGAAAGAUCUACAUUCCAUUCUCUGAAUGUUUUUACUGUUUUAUAGCUUGUGUUUAAGCUAUUUGCUCACUCUACUAGAAUAUAAAACCAUUUUCUGUUAAAAAUAGUGCAAUAAUUAUAUC